AUGAACAGUCAGUCUGAGUCAUCGAAGAAUAUACAAGUAAGUCAGACGCACUCGACUUUUGAGAACAAAUUAGCUCCUAACUCGAUAUGGGGGAUAAAGCAAAAGGCACGGCAAUUACGCCGACAGAGAAGACGCCAAGCACGAGUCAGUAAUGUCGAAGUGACCGAAGAGAGUAGUGACGAGGCUAGCCACAAAGGCAAUAACCAGCGAGUUCCUCGAGAGCCUAUUGAACGCCUAGUCAAAUUGAUCAUGUUUCUGGAGUCCUACAAUAAGGAGGUGGAGCAGAUCGAGUCCGCUCUAGGAGAGCUGCUGCAGAAAGACGAGAGAAUAAGACGUCUUUCCGCCAAAGUUAAGGAUCUAGAGCAUUCCAAGAAUGAAGAGGCCCGUAGGGUUGAGGAAGAACGGCAUCGAUUGGUGGAGCUGCAAAACCAGCUCAACGAUGAGAAGACCUUUCUUACAAAUUUUCGACAGAGGCUAGAUCAAGAAGGCAAACAAUUGGAAGGGGAGAAGCAACACUUUGAGGCCGAGAUGAUGGCUAAAUAUGACCAAGCCAUAGCAACAGCGAAACAGAAACUAGAGGAUGAGUCGCAGAAAAUAAUGAAGCAGAAGGAGAAGGCCACGGUUGCGAGAUUUGAACAGGCCGAAAAGAAGAUUCGACAAUUGCAGGAUCAAGUCUCAGCUCAAACAGAGGCCAAGGAAGAUACAGAAAGAACCCUCACGCUAUUUAAGGCCCGUACAAAAGAGCUGGAAGACCAGAAAAAGGAACUUGAGUCUAGGUUCAAAGCUCAAGAAUCCCCAUUGUCAGAGUUGUAA